GUGAAGUUUAAAGUAUGCAGUACAAACAGCUUAUUUCUUUACUAUAUUUUAGUUUAAAUUCAGUUUUUGGAUCAAAUAUUCUUUACGUUAGUAAUAUUCCGAGUCCAAGUCAUCAAAUAUGGAAUUACGAACUAGCGGAAGGACUGCUAAAAAAAGGACACAAUAUUACCAUGUUGGCUCCAUCACCAAUAGAGAACAAAUCUUACAAAAAUUAUCAUCCGAUCGAUAUAAAAGGUCUCGUUGAAGAGUUAGAUUCCGAAAUGGAUUUUCUAACAUUUUUUAAAAUGACGGUUUAUGAGCAUUUCAUGGUAUUUGUCGACUACAGCCUUAUUAGUUGUAACUAUAUACUGCACUCAGAUGCUCUAAAGACAAUUCUCAACUAUCCAAAGGAAUAUAAAUUUGAUUUAAUUAUAUUUGACAACACCUGCGGUCCAUGUACAUUGCCCUUAAUUCAAAGAUUCCACUAUCCUCCUGCAGUGGCAGUAACAGCUUUCAUACUACCUCAUUUUAUGUCGGAAAAUUUUGGAAACAAUGUGGUACCAUCCUAUAUUCCAUAUUAUUUAGCAGAAUACAACAAAGAGACUACUUUUCUUCAGCGACUUAAAUCUUUCUAUUGGAUCAGAGCUGAGGACCUAGUAAGAAAAUAUUAUUUAAACAAUGUUUUCGAGGAUGCAGCUAAAGAAAUAUUUGGAGAACAAAUGAACUCUUUAGAUUCUCUUGAAAAUCACAUUUCUCUACUUUUGUGUAAUUUAAUGCAAGGUUUUAGCCUCCCACAACCUAUAACUCCAAACAUAAUUCCAGUAGGUGGCUUACAUAUCAAACCAGCAAAAACAUUGCCAGAGGAUCUUCAACGUAUCAUGGAUAAUACUAAAGAAGGUGUCAUCUUAUUUGCACUUGGAACAAAUGUUAAAUCGUCUUUAAUAAGUGAAGAUAAACGAAAUGCAAUCCUUGACGCCUUAGGAAAGUUAAAACAAACAGUGUUAUGGAAAUUUGAAACAGAUUUAGAGAAUAUUCCCAAAAAUGUUAUCAUCAAAAAGUGGUUACCACAACGGGAUUUACUAGCGCAUCCCAAUUUAAAAUUAUUUAUUAGUCACGGUGGGGCUUUGAGUACAUCAGAAGCAGCGUAUCAUGGCGUCCCAGUAGUAGGAAUACCAUUCUUUGCUGACCAACAUCUAAAUAUUAACAUAAUGGAAAGCAAGGGAAUUGCUGUUCGAGUAGAUUUUGUAACAAUGACUACUAACACCUUAUUGGAUAAAGUAAACGAGAUCCUUCACAAUCCUAAAUAUUUUGAGAAUGCGAAGAAACUAUCAAAAAUUAUAAAAGACCAACCACAAACUCCCCUAGAAAGGGCAGUAUUUUGGGUGGAGUUUGCAAUCAGGAAUAAUGGAACUCACAUUUUGGAUCCAGCCUCUAGACAAAUGUCUUAUUUUAUAACAUCCUCUCUUGAUAUAUAUUUAUUUUUAGUGAGUGUUAUUAUUGUCAUUUUAUGGUUGUUGCUAAAAUGUUUGAGAUUGAUGAAAUAUUGUCUCUGUAGAAACACUAAAAAACUAAAAGAUGAAUAAAGAAUUUAAGAAAUAACGUAAUUAUGUUCAUCAAUUUUAUUUACAUUCUUACCAUUUAUAUCUACUAAUAUAAUUAUCUUAAGUUUAUUCUUAUGAUUUGUUAUGAAGUUUUCGUUACGAUGUUUAUGUUCUUGCACAUGUUAAUAUUAAGUGUAUCUAA